AUGGCGCCUUCGUCCAAUUCUCAAUGGGACGACACCGAGAGAGCGAAUGAAGAAACCCCACUGCUCAAGGAUCUCAAAGAUCACCAAUCUCACAUUCUCCCGCGGAGACGACUCCUUGUUGUAUUUCCUGCCUUGGCUCUGAUUCAUUUUACCUCGUUUCUGGAUCAGACAGCCUUAUCAACUUCAUUACCCGCCAUCGCUGCGGGACUCAACACCGGCUCCUCCAUCUCAUGGGUCAGUGCCAGUUUCCUCACGACGAGUACCAGCAUCCAGCUGAUCAACGGUCGGCUGUCGGACAUCUUCGGUCGCAAAACAUGUCUUCUAGGCGCGUUGACAAUAAUGGUGCUGGGCAACCUGCUGUCCGGAUGGUCCCAGACCCCCGCACAAUUGUAUGCAACUAGAGCGUUUAGUGGCCUCGGUGCCGGAGCCAUUAAUGCGCUGGUGCAAAUCGCUAUUUCCGACAUCACUACCUUGGAGCAACGCGGAUACUAUUUUGGAAUUCUGGGAGUUGCAGUGGCUCUGGGGAAUGGACUUGGUCCGGUUGUGGGCGGCGUACUCACGGAAAAGACCUCCUGGCGAUGGGCAUUUUGGUUCGUGUGUCCGUUGGCAGCGGCGGCAGCUACAUAUUUCGGCCUCGUAUUCCCACCGUCCGACAUGGCCGACAAUGUCUGCACGAAGUUGCAGAGGGUGGAUUGGUUCGGAGUUUUCACGAGCAUGAUGGCUAUUGUGUUGAUCCUGAUCCCCGUUUCGCAAGGAGGCUCCGCUAUUCCAUGGAACUCUCCUAUAAUCAUUGCUAUGUUAGCGCUCGGAGCGGCGCUCUUCGGUCUCUUCCUGAUCGGAGAGUGGCGUUGGGUCAAACUGCCGCUUUUGCCCAUGCGCUUAUUCAAAUAUAAUUACUCCACGAACAUCCUUCUCGCCGUUAACAUCCUGAUCGGCUGGGUAUUUUGGGGAAACCUCUUCUAUAUCCCGCUGUACUUCCAGAAUGUCCGCGGCUGGAGCCCGGGAACAGCUGGUUCCCUGAUCUUGCCGAUGGUGAUUGCGCACGGCAUAACCUCAGGUCUGACCGGGCUCAUAAUCUCGUGGACCGGCAGGUAUAAGGUAGUCAUCAGCAUUGGCGUUGGCAUGUGGAUGAUCGCAGCAGCGGCCAAGUCCUUCUAUACACAGCAGACUCCACUGUGGAUUCUGGAACUAGGAGGGAUCUUUGAAGGUAUUGGGGUGGGAUGUUCCUUUCAGCCUGGAUCCGAUAAAAGCGACCGUGCCGUAGUCACAGGCUUUCGCAACUUCAUCCGCGACAUGGGCGGAUCGGUCGGCGUAACAGUGUCCGGAGCGAUCCUCAACAAUGUCCUCCACAAUGAUCUCAAAGGACGGUUCAGCGAGGAACUCAUUUCCAAGAUCACGUCUUCUGCCUUCGUUUUGUACGACUUCAACCUCACUGACGAGGACCAGAAGCUGAUCUCCAAUGCAUAUAUGCACGGCUUACGAACUGAUUAUGGACUAGCUGGUAGGACACGUAUCGAGAGCGAGGAACAAGCCGAAGGGGAGACCCGGGAGAGAUACACUGAUGAGUAG